AUGGGUGCGAUGGUUCAUAAUUACCAUAUUGGGAAUACGAUUGGUAUUGGGGCGUAUGGAGUAUGUUUAUAUUGUUUUUGAGACAUUGCUUAACUUUGUUUUCAGCGGGUCUACGAAUGUACUGAUUCUGAAACUCAACGACGGGUAAGUCUUACGCUUUCUUUUUUCUUGUUAUAGGUAUACAAAGGUCUUAACUAUAUUCCUGCAUCAAAAUUUUCACUAUAAUCUUAACGAUAUUACUUUAAGAAUAAAUUGAAACCUGUUGAUACCUAAAAUCCUAAAAUGAGGUUUUUAAACGUCUUUGAUAAAAUCUUUCUUUUAGUUGGUGAUGAAGGUUACACGAAUAGAGACACAUCACGAUGGGUUACCGCAAGAAGUUUUGAGGGAGCUAUCGGCCUUACAUAUGCUAUCUGGUCAUCGGAGGAUUGUCAAGUAAGUUAAUGUCAUCCUUUACAUUGUUUAAUAAAUUGAGGUUUUUUACAGUAUGUCGUCGCAGUAGUAAAAUUUAGACUUAAACAGUUCUUUUAUUCUUUGUUUAUGCUAUUUUUUGACUACUAUCAUAUUUAUGUCUUCAUUUUAUAUUAACCAUGCUAUUUAGAAUGUACGACGCGUUCAUAACCGGAGAUACGGUGAAGAAUGUCCGGAUUGUGUUUGAAAGAUGUGAUUUCGAUCUGAGCAAGUUCUUAGCACUAUUAAAACCCGAAGAAGUUAUGCCGGAGGUUCAGUGCAAACAUUUUGGAAGACAGGUACUGUAAUAUUGAACUACUUCUGAUUUCAUUACUAUGAAAUUUCAGAUUCUAGAAGGAGUCGAAUUUUUGCAUUCAGAAGGCGUGAUUCACCGUGAUUUGAAGCCUCAAAACAUAUUGGUGAACCGAGACUUUAACAUUAAAUUGACCGACUUUGGGUUAGCUAGGACGUACGCUCUUCAUGCUUCAUAUACACCUAGGGUAAGUCGAUUUUUUGAAAAGUGUUUUUACAAUAUUGUAAAGCAGUAUUUUAUGUUGGUAGUUCUUAAAUUUUAUUAAAAUCAAAUUUUUUUUACAGUAGUUACAGCGAUAUUAAGAUUACCAUAUCAAGGUGUCUAGUUUAAUAUCGAAAAAAUCAUCAUAAAUUGCUCAUUUUUAUCUUGAUAAUCAUUCUUUUGGAUAUGUUAGAAAGACGAUAAUAUUAAUCAUUUUCAGACUGUAACCUUAUGGUACCGAGCGCCGGAAGUGCUGCUACAAUGUAAAUAUAACACGUCGUUGGACAUCUGGUCGGUUGGUUGUAUCGUCGCCGAAUUGUUCAAUAGGAAACCCUUGUUUCCAGGUGAAACUGAAACAAAACAAAUCAAUUUGAUAUUUCAGUAAGUUUUGGACUCAGUUGCUUGAAGGAAACAUAAGAUUAGUUAUAUUUUGAAUUAUGUCGUAGUAGGUGUGUUGGUGGGAGUUUUUGGUCAAUAUUUAAGCUUUUUUGGGAGAUUUUGGUAACAUUGUGGUUAAAAUAGAUAAAAGAGAGUGUAAAGAUGGUGGUCCGAAAGUUUUAGGACGUUUGAUAAGCUGGUAAAACAGUUAUAGAGUUAUAGAGAAAAAAAUGUUGAGUCAACUGGGGUUCUCUAAGGUUUCUGGUCGAUAUUCGCAUAUUUUUUGAGAAUUAUUUUUUACUGUAUGUUUUGUAGGGUAAAUCAGAGUACAGAAAACGUUAUUCUGAAGUGUUGAGACGUUUGAUAUAGUUAUAAAAAAGUUACGGUCCAAAAACUACAGGUAUUGACAAUUGGACGUCAUGGUUAAUAUAAAUUUGCUUUUUAACCUCAAGUUUUUAACAAAGUUUCAUAAUAUUCAACAACACUGUUAACAAUAAACUAGCUAAUACUUAUGCAAACUUUCAGAAAGAUCGGAACGCCCAGUCCGACGGAUUGGCCAAUGGAUGCGAUAGUGGAUGUUCACCAAUUCCCUUAUCAUCGACCGGCCGAACGAUUCGUCGAUGACCGAAGAAUGUCACAACAAGGUCAUCAACUGCUGAAUCAAAUGCUACAGUUUCUACCGCUGAGCCGACCAACCGCUACCGAAUGCUUGGCAGAUUACUUUAAGCAAUAG